GAGAUGUUCCAGGAUCCCAGACAUUCCAACGGAUCUAAGGUCCAGGUCUCCGAGUUCCUCCUGAUGGGGCUCCCUGGCAUUCACGAGUGGCAGCACUGGCUCUCCCUGCCCCUGGCUCUGCUCUACCUCCUAGCUCUCACUGCCAACAUCCUUAUACUGAUGACCAUCAAUCAAGAAGCAGCACUGCACCAGCCUAUGUACUAUUUCCUGGGGGUCCUGGCUGUGGUAGACAUGGGCCUGGCCACCACCAUCAUGCCCAAGAUUCUGGCCAUCUUAUGGUUCAAUGCUAAAGCCAUCUCUCUCCCAGAGUGCUUUGUUCAGAUGUAUGUCAUACAUUGUUUUGUGGGCAUGGAGUCAGGUAUCUUCGUCUGCAUGGCUAUAGAUAGAUAUGUAGCCAUUUGCCAACCACUACGCUAUCCAUCAGUAAUUACUGAAUCUUUUGUAGUCAAAGCAUCUGUGUUCAUGGCACUCAGAAAUUCCCUCACUACCAUCCCGGUGCCCGUGUUGGCUGCUCAGAGACACUACUGCUCACAGAACCAAAUUGAGCACAGUAUGUGCACUACUCUUGGAGUCACCAGCCUAGCCUGUGAUCACACGACAAUCAAUAGCCUCUACCAGCUAGUUCUGGCCUGGACUCUCAUGGGAAGUGAUCUGAGUGUGGUUAUUUUAUCUUAUGCUCUGAUACUUCAAUCUGUGCUGAAGCUGAAAUCAGCAGAAGCUGCCUCCAAGGCCCUAAGUACCUGUACUUCCCACCUCAUCCUAAUCCUAUUCUUUUACACAGUCAUCAUUGUCCUUUCCAUCACCCAUAGUUCACCAAUGAAAGUUACCCUCAUCCCAGUUCUACUCAAUGUACUGCACAAUGUCAUUCCUCCUGCCCUCAACCCCAUGGUGUACGCUCUCAAGAACAAGGAGCUCAGGCAGGGUUUAUAUAAGGUUCUUAAGCUGGACACCGUGGGUAACCAAUGA